GCCCCCGGCGGCCGGGGCCGCAGCGUGCUCGCCCCCGCCGCCAGCUCGCUUCACUUAUGGGUCGGAAGCGCUGCGUGGGGGAGACUGUUCCAAGAUGGCGGCGGGUUGCUGUGGGGUGAAGAAACAGAAACUGUCCAGUUCGCCCCCCUCUGGCUCGGGUGGCGGUGGUGGCGCCUCCUCCUCCUCCCACUGCAGCGGAGAGAGCCAGUGUCGAGCUGGGGAGCUGGGACUAGGAGGCGCCGGUACAAGGCUCAACGGGCUGGGAGGUCUAACCGGAGGAGGUAGCAGCGGUGGCUGUACCCUCUCUCCCCCCCAGGGCUGCGGUGGCGGCGGCGGCGGCAGCGGGGGGAUUUCCCUCUCGCCACCUCUGAGCUGUGGAGUGGGGACCCUACUUUCUACCCCAGCCGCCGCCACCGUUUCCUCGCCUUCCUCUUCGUCCGCCGCCUCGUCCUCAUCACCGGGCUCCCGGAAGAUGGUGGUGUCAGCGGAGAUGUGCUGCUUUUGCUUCGAUGUGCUCUACUGUCACCUGUACGGAUACCAGCAGCCCCGUACCCCCCGGUUCACCAACGAGCCCUACCCACUGUUUGUAACGUGGAAGAUUGGUCGAGACAAAAGAUUGCGUGGAUGCAUAGGUACUUUUUCUGCCAUGAAUUUGCAUUCAGGACUCAGGGAGUACACACUUACCAGUGCCCUUAAAGAUAGCCGUUUUCCCCCAAUGACAAGGGAUGAGCUGCCACGGCUUUUCUGCUCAGUGUCUCUGCUUACUAAUUUUGAAGAUGUCUGUGAUUAUUUGGACUGGGAGGUGGGUGUACAUGGCAUUAGAAUAGAAUUCAUCAAUGAAAAAGGAUCAAAACGCACCGCCACCUACCUACCGGAGGUUGCAAAGGAGCAAGGAUGGGACCAUAUUCAGACCAUAGACUCCUUACUAAGAAAAGGAGGAUACAAAGCUCCAAUUACUAAUGAAUUCAGGAAAACCAUAAAACUGACCAGAUACCGUAGUGAAAAGAUGACCCUGAGCUAUGCUGAAUACCUUGCUCAUCGCCAACAUCAUCAUUUCCAAAAUGGCAUUGGACAUCCCCUUCCGCCAUACAACCAUUAUUCCUGACACUGAGCCGCACAACCAGUCACUGGGCCUCUCUGCAGACUUCUUCCCAGGAGACUCUACACCUUCUUGGUCUAGUUAUCUCUUUUACUGUACCAUUUUAUGAUGAUAGUUUCCGUUGCCAUGGUGAAGCUUCAAUAUCGUCACUUAAGAUCAUCAUGGUAACGGGUAGGAAAAUGGAAUUUGUUAAGAAAAUUGUUUUAUUGUUUUUAGAACAUGGUGGGGGGUUGCAGCAUAUAUAACUUUUUGGGUUUUGUUUCCUUACUAUAUUAGUAUUUUGCUUUGCUGUCUCAGUCAGGUUUAUGUGUUCCUAACCUUAACUUCUUUCCUUUUUCUUCCUUCCUUUCUUUCUUCUUUCCUUCCUCCCUUCCUCUUUCCCUCCCUCCUUCCUUCUUUAAACUGUGGAUGGAAAAGUGUGCAGAUUUUAAUUUUUUUCUUUUUAGGAUUGUCUUUAGUUUUCCUCAAUAAGAUAGUUACUUUUUGAUAGCUAAGUUUGGAAGUAAUUAAUAUGAAAUUCAGGUAUUUGUAUAUUAUUCAUUAAUUUGUCCAAAAUUCACUUUGCUAUGAGAGCUUAGAAUAUGAGUCUUCAUUCCUGAAGAAUAUGUAUUCCCCAUGGUUAAACUAUAACUUUAGUUGUUGUAGAAGAUCCAGGAUAGGGCUUGUCACAGAGAGUGAGAAACCAUUUAUGCCUACUGUACUGGUUAUCACAGAUAGAUGACACUGCCUCAACACUUUAUACAACCAAUUUACAAACUAAAACACUGUUUUAGGAAAGUAUAGACUGCCUUACACAUAGGCCACAGACAUCAUUUGGAAGAGCAGAAAAUAUUAGAAAGAGCGCAGAUACAGAAUUUAGUGCCUUUGAGAAGAGUAUAAUUAAGUGGAAUUAAGAGGGAUUAGAAGAAAGGCAAUUUAGAGAAAUAUUCUUCUAAAAUUUUAUUGUUUCAGUGUGUGAAACAACAGAUUAGUCAAAUUCCCUACUCUGAAGUAUUUUUUUAGCUGAAAAAAUUUAUUUUGAGCAAAUAACCAAAAAGACAUCUCUCUAUUUUAUAUUCAUUUAAAUUUGUUAGCUUUAGGUUUCAAUAAGUCAUAAUUGGCCAGAGUUGAUUUUCGUUACCAUCUGAAGAUAUGGGAAAGAUAAUCUAAUGAAACAAAAGUUGAUAUAUGCCAUGAUUUCAGAUAUAUUUGUCUGUCAUGGAACAAUACUAGAAUUUCAGAGAUACUAUGAAAUAGCUUGAAUCUCUUUCUGCACUACAUACUUUUGAUAGAAACAUGUUUACUAUGUUGAUAAGAUAUGUUAAACCUAUAAAGAUGGAGUUGACAUUCAAAUGUGCUGUAGUCAACAGCCUAGCUCAUGUGCAGGGCUAUUUUUCCCAUGAUGUAAAGAGCACUUACUGAUAUCAAUAGGAGGUCCCUACAUAUAUCCCCAGGAAAAAUCACAUAUGUUCCUGGAGAAAGGUGACCUUCAAUUUAUGGUUUUAUAUAUAUAUAUAUAUAUACACAUACAUACAUAUACAUAUGUAUAUAUAUAUAUAUAUAUAUAUAUAUAUAUAUAUACAAACACACACACAUACAUAUAUAUAGACAUAGGUAGGUAGACUGAUUUGGGGAAAAUAUAUACUUUUUCAAACAGGGAAUCAGUAUAUCAAGUGAUGAUUAAAAGUAUGCUGCAGAAUAUAUAUUCUAAAUUAUAAGAAAUGUCAACUGAAUAUCAAAAUGUUAUAGCAAAUGCAUAUAGUUACUGUGACAGGUGACAGACUGCUAGUUCAGAAUUCAAAAGUCCUUUUCCAGUUUGUGAGAUACUGGCUGAAUUCCUUCUGCUUGCCACUGGGGCAAAGCAUACUACUUUAGUUUUUGAUGAGAGUUCUUAGAAGUUUGUUGAUAUUCCUUCAUCCACAGCAUUCAUUGUCAAAAUAACCAUUUUCAGUUGUGAUGCCUUAACUAAGAAGCCAAUUGUUAGCCUGCAAUGCAAUCUUGGUAGCCAGUUCCAUUGAACCCAGCGAUAAGUUAAAAAAAAAAUCAGCUGGUGAGCUUUAGAAAGGGAUUUUAAAUCUGUCAUUUCUACUUGGGAACAUUUUGGAGUAGAUUAGUUUUUCAGUAUAAAAACAAGUGGCUACCUUACGGAGACUUUUUUUUUGCCCUUAUAGGGAAACUGAGCACAAGUUGAAUGAUAUUGUCUGCUGCAAAAAAAUAAGAGAAAAAAAAAAAGAAAAAAAUAUAAAUGAAACAAACUGAAGAGAGAUGAAAUAGACCAACAUUAUUGUAAAAUCCAUCUUAUCCAUCAUCUCAUCAGUUCAACAGGCUCCUUGUCCUGGAUGAGCUUUAUGGUUAGAAGUUUUUUAAAAGAAAAGAUCUAUUACAUACACAUAUGUGUGCAUGUAUACAUUACUUACAAUACGUGCAUACAUAUGUGCGUGUUUAUAUAUUUAACGGUGCUAUUCAAUCUUGAGCAGGUCACGUGACUGGUCAUGCGGACUCUAAAAUCAUAUCAGAUUUUUUAAAUCCUUGAUAUAUGCAGAUGUUAUACAGAUUUUCUUACCAGUGUAAUAAUGUUAUACUGAAGAAAUAACCAUCCUGCAGGCUUCAAAGGACGAGGUCAGCAAUAUUUCCCACCAUGGCUUGGGGGAAAGGAAUAGUUUUGUGUCCUUUUGUAUUCAAAUUGAUGCACAGUGCAUUUUUGUCUCUUAAGUAACUGUUGAUUAAAAGACUGUAGGGUAAAGGGUGUUAUACAAACUGUAAUGGUGUGCUUUAUACAAAUACUAGACCUUUUUACCUUUGUUGUAUUUAUAAAACUGUUAAAUAUGUGGUUUGAAUUAACUUUGAACAUGUUGAAAUAUGUAGCAUGUGUAAAGACCCAGAUGAAGAUUCUAAUUGCACAGGUUGUGUUCUAGCCAGUUGUGGUUUCUUUGUUCAGAAACACAAAUGUGAAUUUCACUCUUAUCACCAGAAUAUUGUACAAGUUGUGAUCUUUAAACAGCUCAGAAGUAAUACUUGAACUUCAUUAGAAUAGCACAAAGUUUACAUAGACCCCUUUAAAUGUUAAUUAGAUCCACAUAAGUUUUCUGUUUUCAAAUGCAACGGGGUAUUUUUCCUCUUGGAGAAUAGCAUGUGUUUUACUUUGGUGUAUGUAGCAAAAGGCUGCCAUUUCUGGAAGAGUUUUCUUGUUCUUAAACGAAGUCAGCCAGAUAACAGAUUCAGAAAGAACAAUUGGUCCCCCACCCCUUAAGUGGCCUUCUGAUGCACAAGCUGUGCUACUCCCCUGUGUUGUCUCCCCUACCACAAGAGGUUUUUGAAAUUGAUGGAGGAAGUGCAAGGCUUGCUUCCCCUUCCCUCCAUUUAAAGCAGUUUUAAGACUUUCCGUCCAGUGCAUAGUGUCCUAAUGCCUCCAGCACACCAGAAGUUUGUAUACUGGCCUCUUUUUAUUGUCUUCAAAUGUGCAGGAAAUUCGAAACUGUCAUCUGUAAUAGAUUCCAUCUCUUAUGUGUGUUAGAUCAAACCAAAGAAUCCCCUGGCCAUGCCCACAUGCUGCUCCAAAAGCCUGCCUUCCAGUCCUUACAAAAACCUUGCAGGAUUAAAUGUGUUAACUUUUUUAUUUUUGUACAGUUUCUAAGUGAUUUUUGCUAGUGAUGUUAAAUGAAUUAAGUUUAUUUGAGGAGUAUGAGCACCUCCUCCAUUUAAAUAAACUGGUGACUUUUAUUUUUAAAACCAGAAACCUAUUGUGUGCCUCUCAAUUUAAAGGUUUCUGAUUACAUUAUUCUGAAGACCAGCAUUGAUCCUUUAUAUACAAAGAUGUUUUUCUUGUUUUUUUUUAUUACUGUUUCAAAAGAAAAUGAACCUUUUAUUUUGCUCUGGACCCAGUAACUGCGCUGGUACAUAGACGCACUGAGAAAAACUUUUGUAACCACCUUUGACUGCUUUUGUAUAUCAAAGUUGAUUACUUUUGAAAUAUUUGGAUCUAGUUUCUAAGUUAUUUUAGUGUUUUAUAUGUUCCCCAAAAUUCUUUGAAUUGGUCACCAGCAUAAUGAGUUUUUGGUGAUGCAAUGGUGAGACUUGUAAUGAGCUAAAAGCUACCUGGAGUAGCUCCUUUUUUCCUUCUUUCUUAGUAACCUGUUUUACAGUAAGAAUCACAGAUUACCUGAAAUUCCUUCCAGUAUAACUAGAUCCUCCUUCCUUCCACAUUUAAUUGCUUAAUAGUUUAAAGAAACUAUUGAAAAUGGGCAUUUUAUAUGAUAUGAUAUGAUAUGUAUGGCUUUAAAAUAUUAAAAAUGAGAAAAAAGAAAAAUAUGAGAAGGUUUAUGUUGGUCUGUAUGGUAUGGCUGUGGAGAGAUAAUGUAGUAGUUUUGACACUAUUGUUAUUACCUUUUAAAAAUCAUUUACCCAAUAAAAUGUUAAAACCAA